AUCACUUGGAUUAAUUGCAGAUUGGCGAAAGAAAAAGUUAUGUAUGAAAAAGAAGCAAAACAGCAAGAAGAAAAGAUUGAAAAAAUGAAAGCUGAAGCAUGUGAUGAUUAUGGAAUUAAGAAGCAGCUUGAGAUCUUGCAAGAGUCCAGAAUGAUGAUUCCAGACUGCCAGCGCCGAUUAGAAAUUGCACAUGCAGAUCUUACUCAGAUACUAGAAAAUGAAAAAGAAUUGGAAGAAACCGAAGAGUAUAAAGAAGCACGUUCCUUACUGGAGUCAGUGAAGCUGGAAGCCUAGAAGUUUUUCAGUACUGUCUUUAUAUGCAGUAGCACUGGGUCCAUUCCACACUUUGACUAUGGCUCUACUACUAUUGUUGACUUGCUAAGGUUCCCUUUAUGCAAACUGGCCUUUCUCUAACUGCAAAAUGCGUCAAAUAAAGGAUGUUCUGAAACAUCUGUGUGUUCCAUAUUCAGGCAAAACAGAAACGUUUCCAAUUUACCUCGCUUACAAAAGUAAAAAUAAAGCUGAUUUAAUGUAAGCGUAAUAGUGUAAACAGCUAAUACGCAGAACUUAAUUUGGAUAAUUCAGGCUAAGAAACAAAGUUUAGCUACAUAAGGAAUGUGAGGGACCAAUAAAUACUUCAAAUGAAAUAGAAUGGCUUGUUGGAAGAGACCUUAAAGAUUUAUCUAGUUCCAACCCUCCCUUGCCAUGAGCUUUAGAAGCACUUUACAUUUCAAAUAAUUGAAAGCCAUUAUAGCAUAAGAAUUGGUACUGAAAGAGGAGAUGGACUGAAUGACCCUUCAAAGUCACCCAAAUCGUACAGAUACAAUUUAUCUGUAAUUUUAUCGGGUGUGUACUCCCUGUUUAUCUUUGAGCCCAAGAUGGAAUUAGGAAUCAGGUUGGACUUGAUGAUUUUUGAGGUCUUUUCCAACCUUAUUGAUUCUAUGAUUCU